AUGUCGAAAACUACCAGCGAGGAAGAUGACUGUCCUACGCCCGACUCGCUGCCCACAACAGCCUCUUCCGUUCCGCUCAACAACCACAUCGAAGUCUCCGAGCGAAUAACAGAAUAUUAUCGAACCAAAGGCCGAAAAGAAAAUCUACCGCCAUCAGCACUAUUGCUAGCCGCGCAAAAAGAGAGCGCCACAGUGUAUGCCAUUUUUGGCGGCCAAGGGGUUUCGAGUCCCCUUCAUGAAUUGCAGGAGCUGUAUGCAAAGAAUGAUCACCUGAUCGGGAGUCUGGUUCAGCAGUCGUCCUGUCACCUGCAGCGCCUGCUAGUGGAAAAUCCCCGAUUUGCAUCGUAUUAUCCCGCCGGAUUGGACGUCACGUCGUGGAUUUUGCACCCAGAGGAUCAAACACCAUCACACGAGCUGAACAGAGCGCCAAUUAGUCUUCUGGUGAUUGGCCUUCUCCAGUUGGCUAAUUAUCAAGUAUUGGUUCAUGCACUCGGCCUCAAUCCCGGCCAGAUGUCCACCUUCUUCCGCGGCAUUGGCGGUCAUUCCCAGGGUAUCGUUCCCGCCGUAAUGGUGUCUUCCGCACAAGACUGGGAAUCUCUCGACCGUCUUUCCCUCGACGCGCUGACCAUUCUUUUCUUCAUUGGAUGUCGUUCACAAUCAUGCUUCGAUGUCCCUCCGGUCAGUGUUGAGGCGCUCACAGAAUCCGAGUCCCACGGGGAAGGCGUGCCUUCAUGCAUGCUACGCGUUCACGGGUUAUCUCUCGAUGCGUUGCAUGCCGUCAUGUAUAAGAUCAAUUCCCAGAUUCCGGACUCGGAAAAAGUUGAAUUGGCCCUGAUCAACGGGCCACGAAACUUCGUAUUAGGUGGUCCUCCUGCAGCCUUGUAUUCUGUCAAUCGUUACUUGCGCCGGAUCAAGGCUGCCCCUGGGAUAUCCCAAGCCCGCGUUCCAUUCAGCCAGCGCAAACCAGACGUGGCCACUAGUUAUCUGCCAAUCAGCGUCCCAUUCCAUACUUCUCACUUAGCUACUGCCUGUAUGUUGACAUUACACGAUCUCCGCAACAUUCAUCUCGCCCGUUCAAACCUUCAAAUAUCAGUCUACGACACUGGCGAUGGCUCCGAUUUGAGUGACGGCACAGGUCGGGAUGUCAUCCCUGAUUUAGUUCGGAUGAUCAUGAUUCGCCAGUUGGACUGGACCAAAACAGCAGACUUUCCCAAAGCUACACACCUGGUAGACCUCGGGCCCGGCACCAGCCAAGAUGGGAUCGGCAUGUUGACAGACAAGCUCAAACUGGGCUCGGGCGUGCGCACAAUGGUUUUCAGUGCUAGCAAAUCGUCCUCGCCUGAAUUCGGUGAUCGGGAAGAGUUACUUGACCAUGCCUGCGUUACACCCGGCCGGGAUUGGGUUGAGGAAUAUGGACCCAAACUCGUUAUUUCCAACGCGCCGACCAUCGAAACAAAGAUGACCAAGCUCCUGGGCUUACCUCCACUCAUGGUCGCUGGAAUGACACCAACAACCUCCUCCUGGGAAUUUGUUGCAGCUACAAUGCGCGCAGGAUACCACAUUGAGCUCGCCAUAGGCGGAUUCCACGACGCGGCCAGUUUGGAGGCAGCGAUUCGUUCUGUCAUUGAUAAUACCCCCCUGGGGCGUGGUGUCACAUGCAAUGUGAUCUAUGCCAAUCCACGGGCUCUGAAAUGGCAGCUGGCCGUCAUCAAGAAGCUGCAAGCUCAGCAUUAUCCUAUUGAAGGCCUCACCAUUGGCGCGGGAAUCCCAUCCCCCGACGUUGCAUCCUCGUACAUCCAGGAUUUGGGAGUGAAACAUAUCUCGUUCAAGCCUGGGUCGGUGCAAGCCGUGAAAGAGGUAAUCAACAUUGCCAAACUAAACCCCGACUUUCCAAUCAUCCUACAAUGGACUGGUGGCCGAGCGGGUGGUCACCACUCGUUCGAGGAUUUCCACGAGCCAAUACUCCAGACAUACCAUCGUAUUCGAUCAUGUUCGAACAUUAUUCUCGUGGCAGGCAGUGGAUUCGGAGACGCCAACGAGUCAUAUCCUUAUCUCACUGGCGAGUGGUCCACCGGUUUCGGCUUCGCACCCAUGCCAUAUGAUGGUAUCCUGCUGGGCAGCAGAGUCAUGGUAGCUCGUGAAACGCGCACCAGUGAAGAUGCCAAGGCUCUGAUCGUUGAAGCGUCUGGUGUCUCAAAUCACGAAUGGGAGCAAAGCUAUGAUCGACCCGCUGGCGGUAUCGUGACAGUAAUCUCGGAAAUGGGAGAGCCAAUCCACAAAGUCGCGACCCGAGCAGUGCAGUUCUGGUCAGAACUGGAUAAGACAGUUUUCUGUCUUGACAAAGCUAAACAAUCGAAAAUACUUGCGAAGAACAAAAUGAGCAUUAUUAAUCGCUUGAAUUGUGACUACUCCAAGGUCUGGUUCGGUCAAACGACUUCUGACAGAAUAGUCGAUAUCGAAGAGAUGACCUACGAGCAGGUGGUGUCCCGGUUAAUUGAUCUAACCUACCUCAAAAACCAGGGGAGGUGGAUCCAUCCAUCAUAUUGCGACUUGCUGCUGGAAUUCGUCAGUCAUUUGGAAUCUCGCUGGACAGCAUCUUCAAGCGCGAGGAUAAGGGUAUUCCGGACCAGGAGUGAUGCCAUCCAUCCUACCGCCGUCCUACAAUCUCUGCAGGACCGCUAUUCUCAGAACUUGCAACAACUCAUCAGCAAGCAAGAUGAAGCCCUCUUCACGGCAAUAUGCAGAAAAAGUGGCCGCAAGCCAGUUCCCUUCAUAACUGCCCUGGAUGACAAGUUCGAGUACUAUUUCAAAAAAGACUCGCUUUGGCAGUCUGAGGAUAUCGAGUGUGUUUACGACCAGGACAUCCAACGAACAUGCAUCCUGCAUGGCCCGGUAGCAGCCAAAUUCUCACAACGGUCAGAUCAGUCAAUCUGUGAGAUCUUAGGUGACAUUCACAAAGGAUAUAUCGACAGUCUUGAGCGAUCUGGACCAGUACGCCUGGAACCCCCCGACGCUCAUCAUCGUCCUUCCGAUUGGCAGCUGAAAAUUGAAAGGUUCCAAAUCAGCGAAGAAUGUCUCAAUGAUGAGGAGUUGUGGUAUCAAAGAAUCUCUCAAGGAAGGUCCACACAUUGCAGGGUCGCCUUGGUUGCUCAAACAAUGACCCGAGAACGGCAAAUCUUCAGCAACCCAAUCAAGUCACUGUUCAAACCCCGUAAAGGAAUAUGGAUCAAAGUGGAAGAAACUUCACAGGGCGCAGAAGUUCUUUCUAUUUACGAAGAAACCGAGACCAGUGAAGGGAGAAAGGUCACGGAGCUUCAAGUCUCUCCCGAUGGCCUGAUCGAUCUCGAAAUUAUCAAUUACGAAACCGCAAAUGGACAGCCAGCCUCGUUGAAAUUGGAGUUCGGCCCUGGGAAUACACUGUAUCCCUUGAGGGAUCUUACAUCAAAUUUGAAUGAGCAGGUCAAGGAACUCUAUCAACGAAUCUGGUUCGGCGACGAGCCGACGAUCUCUGGGUCAGUCGACAUCGCCUCCGAAUUUGAUGGAGGAGAGUUUAAAGUUUCGACAGGCAGCCUCCGCCUCUUUGCCGCCAGCAUUGGAAACGUGAGUCAAAAUCAACGCGCGAAAGCGCUGAAAAUUGCCCCAUUGGACUAUGCCGUUGUGAUCGCGUGGAAGGCAUUGAUCAAGCCAUUGUUUGUCUUGGAUGCGAACCUGCUUCGUCUCGUUCACCUACAGAAUUCGUUUAAAUGGGUACAAGAAGCGUCUUGUAUCCGAGAGAAUGAUGUUGUUUCAACGACCUCACGUGUCUCAUCUGUCGUUCCACAAGAAUCAGGUACUCUUGUGGAGGUAAAGGCUACUAUCAACAGGGAGGGUUUCCCCGUCGUCCACAUCACUAGCCAGUUCUUGUUGCGCGACGCUGCGAAUCUUCAUCCACAUAUCACUCCAUUCAAGAAUGUCGAUGAACAACCUUCUGAGGUAGCGCUCGACACUGCCAAUGCAGUUGCGAUCCUUGAAUCCAAGCCAUGGUUUAAACUCCAUGAAGCGCCCGUUGACUUGCUUGGGAAAACAAUAAUUUUCCGCCCACAAUCCAGAUAUCUCUACGGCCCUACAGGUGACGUGAGACGAAUCGAAGUGUCGGGAACUGUUCACGCACUGAGCAGUCGUCAGGAAACUGAAACAGAGGUCGGCGCCAUCUGUUGGCAGUCUACCUUAUCGACCAAUAUUGUGACAGGGUACCUCAAUCGCCAUGGUCACCCCUCAACCACCCGGGUUCUCUUCGAUACCCCUCUUGAUUUGCAGGUUGAUCCGGAUACAUUCAUGUCGCCUGCAGACAACACGGUAUAUGCCCGUGCCUCCAGUGACUUGAAUCCAAUUCACAUUUCCAAGUCUAUGGCCGCUUAUGCAGAGCUACCAGGCACCAUAGCACAUGGUAUGCACACAAGUGCUAGAGUCCGAGGGCUGCUCAGCAGUCACAUGUGUGGAAGUGAUGAAUUGCUCUUCCACAGUUUGAACGUGGCUUUCACCGGCAUGGUUCUAGCGAAUGAGCCGCUCCAAUUGGAUGUCCAGCAUAUUGGCAUGGUUGAGGGGCGUCGGAUCGUCCAAUUUACCGCGCGGGACAAAAGUGGACAUGCCGUCGUCAAGGGAGAAGCGGAAAUGCGAAAUGCUCCCACCGCUAUACUUUUCACAGGCCAAGGCAGCCAGCAGAAAGGAAUGGGAAUGGAGCUUUACCAAUCAAGUGCGGUGUCUCGAAAGUUGUGGGACCGCGCAGACACCUAUUUCCUCAACACAUACGGAUUCCGCAUCUCUGACAUCGUCAUCAAAAAUCCCAAAAGUCUCACCGUUCGCUUUGGUGGUAUUCUCGGACGCAAAUUGCGAGAUAAUUACAGGGCACUUCGGUACCUAGCGCCCAAAAGUCCCGGAGAGUCGAAGUUGAAAGCAACACAAAUAUUCCCGGAAAUCGACCAUACUACAACGUCUUAUACAUUCAGAUCAGAUACUGGGUUGCUGUCCGCCACGCAGUUCACACAGCCGGCUCUUACGCUGAUGGAACUGGCUAUCUACGAGGAUCUCAAAUCUCGCGGGGUUCUCUCUCCCACGGCAACGUUUGCUGGACAUUCUCUUGGGGAGUACGCGGCCAUCGCAGCAUUCGGCAAAUUAGUGCCCCUUGAGACAUUGAUGGCAAUUGCUUUUUAUCGCGGGCUUUCUAUGCAGAUUGCCGUUCAGCGCGAUUCCGCAGGCCGGUCGGCGUUUGCCAUGUGUGCGCUGAAUCCGUCCAAGCUCUCCCCAGCCAUGGAUGGACACCAAGUAGAAACCAUUGUGAAAACCAUAUCUGAGGAGACUGGUUGGCUGAUUGAAAUUGUGAAUUACAAUAUUCAAGGUCAACAAUACGUCUGCGCUGGCGAUGUCCGCGCUCUUCUUUGUCUCACCAAAUUUCUAGACUCGCUGUUCCAACAGCCCCCAGCAUUCAAGAUCGGUCACGACAAAUCAUCACUCAUUGAAGGCGUCCAACAGGCCGUGGGCCGAAUUCUGCCAUCUAUUCCGAAAUCUCCCCUCAGUGCCGAGGACCUUCCCCGUGGCAAAGCUACCACCCCUCUUGCUGGAAUAGACGUUCCCUUCCAUUCCAGUUUCAUGAAGGAUGGUAUUCCUGCAUUCCGCCAAUUUUUGUACUCUCACAUUGCAUGCAACUAUGUGGAUCCACAGAGGCUGAUCCGGAGAUAUGUGCCGAAUUUGACGGCGAGGUUGUUUGAUAUCGACAAGGAUUACUUUGAAGUGACGAAUUCCUUGACAGGAUCUCCUGUCUUGACAAAGGUGCUCAAUCAGUGGGAUGAAAUUCAUGCUGAAACGGAGGAUCCGGCCCGUGUUGUGCAGUUGUUGAGAGGGUUGCAAGAGAAGGUGAUGUGA